AUGCAGAACAUUCGUAUGGCGGGGGCGGAGAGGAAAACUCAAAAGGCCGGUCCUCGGUCGGGGGUGCCAGGAUCUGUAUACUGUACUAGCCUCGUUCCUGGAAGGUAUACAUUUGAACCCAGAAGAGUUGGAAACGCUGCCCAGAUUUGCGAGUCCAGGGAUGCCAGAAACCGAUGA